AUGCCUUCUCUGCGGUUCAAAUGGAACCUGGAACGCCUCGUGGCGGUGGGAGCAAACGCAACGGAGCCCUUCCCGGACGGCAGAACCGCCCCGCACUUUAUGGCCCCGGUCCUGAUACAAUGCACCGCUAAGGACAUAGAAGAACGCGCCAUCUCCACGGGUUCUGAUGAAAAGGACGAAGACCUGUACCCGGCGUGUUUGGCGCUGUAUCAGCUGUUUCUUGACAAGGGCUGCAGUCGCGAAGCCCGCGACAAUCAAGGCAACACGCCCAUCUUUGCCUACGUCAACCAGCUGCGAGUGUACCAUACGGAUGAGUAUGCGACGUCUCCGCCGGAGGAGUCUGACUUGCGGCGUAUGUUCGCGGAGCAUGAUAUCCAUGCGGUGAACGACAACGGGGUUACCUUACUGCAUGUAGUUGCGCGCGGCAAAGAUGACCCGAUUGAUGUGCCGUACGACGACGAGGGGAAAUUUUUCGCGUUGCUGGUGGAGCUGGGGCCGGAUCCAACUUGA